AUGCAGGCUGCUGCCACCCCUAGCUUGCACGGCGCAUCAUCGCCCACGCCAACAAUGGCUGCAGCAGAGCCUUCCUCCUCAUCCUGCUCCUCCUCCCACCAUCACGAGCCCAGCAUGUCCACCGCCACCGAGCUCGCUCUCCCCUUCAUGGCCAACCACCAUCGCGCAAACAACCCAGACGACCCUAAGCUCCGCGCAAAUCCCAGCUUCAAGUCGCGCAGGUCAUCCCUCCUGGCAAACGUUCUCAAGCCAAAGUCCAACAAACCUGACGCUGCCAGGCCCACAUCCUCCAGUCGCUCUUUAUCCUCCGCCCACCCACAUCGCGGCACCACGGCACAUCCAAAGGUGGGCGACGCGCAAGACCAGCGCACACCCCUGCAUCCAUCUGCCACUGGCCAAAAGUCUCGCCCACCCCAGCAGCUCCAGUCCGCCGCCCCUCCGCCUCGGCCCGACUCGACCCCACCCAACACCUCGGCCGGCUCACACAGCAACACCGCCUCCUCCUCGGAUACGCUCUUUGAAUCCCUCCUCUCCCUCGAUGCUGCGCUACCCAAAUUCGCAACCCAACACACACAAGAGCCGUCGCACGACUCGGCCGUCUCAACACAGCAUCCCUCACUUGACUCCAACAACCCCAGCCAUGACGACACGAUAGCCACACCAUCAAGCGCAGUCACCACCUCCGCAUCCGAGCCGGUCCCGUCCGGCGCCUCAGUCGACCCCGCAUCCCAGCCCAUCUCCCUGCCGCAGUCUUCCUCGGUCUUCGUCACUUCACCCCAGCGAUUCUCGAGUCUGGGUCGUCGGUCCGCCGCACGUCUCACCUUGAAUCCUUCCCUUCUCCCCUCCUCCCUCCAAAUGCCACGAGCGCUCGCUCGCGACAUCAACCAAGAGCUCGAAUCACCCAAAUCGCCUUCCGAUGCACUCCCGACCACUCCUCGCAACGAGCGCAGGAUGAGCAUGCUCGACUUCCUCGCCACAGACUCGCCCACCCACAACUCCACCACCCACCUCGCCGUCCAGCCUGCCCCCGCCAGCCUCUCCGCCGAGCAUCUGCCCGCUUCCAUGCCCUUGAUGCAGGCCAGCCAUCAGUUCAGCCUCGGCGCCUCGGCCUCCUCAUCCUCCUCCUACGCUCCAUCCUCCUCGCGUCACACAAAGGUAGACCUCUGCCAAAACGUCUCGGUCAGCGUAGAGCCCCUCGUCGAUCGCCUCACCAUGUUUGGUUCCAUGCAGUCCAGCUCCAACUAUUCCCUCGCGGGCACCGUCGUCGUCGAGGUGCCCAAGCUCGACGUCCCUCGCGUCUCGGCCGCAGCCGCCAUCAGCCCCGACGGCUCCGUCUCCGACCACCCUGCCAUCCACGUCGAAGCGCUCACCCUCCGCUUCAUCGGCUACUCGGUCUAUGUAGACGCAACCGGCAGAUACAACGCCAUCAAGCUCGCAGAAAUAUCCCAAGAACUUCUACAACCACAAGGAUGCACCUGCCCCGUGCCCUUGGUCGAGCACGCCGACGCUUCCCCUUCGCACACCGACGCUGCUUCACCGACGGUCAAAUACGAGACCGAAUUCGACCUCUCCAUCCCCGGCUGGCUUCCCGCCUCUCAGCGCUCACGCUUUGGCGCCACUUUCUACUGCGUGCAGGCAUCCGCCACCGUUCAAGGCAAAGCCGUCGUCUCCGCCCUCGCCGCCUUUGGUCGCAGACCAUCCGACGGCCAAUCCCAGAGCAUCAACACCGCCACAUCGCUCGAAGCAGAGCAGCGCGAGCCCAUCGCCGCCGCCAGCGCUGUGGAGCGCAAGGAAUCCAUCCAGUCUGCCUCCACCACCGCGCGGCCCAAAUCCAAGGGCACCUGGCUCAACAAGAGAGCAAAGCAGCUACAGCUCAGGUCCUCCAAAAAGUCUUCCCCCUCCGAGGCAGAACUCACCAGCUCCGUUGCAGUCGGCCGCCGAGGCUCCGGAUCCAAGGACGUCGUUUCAGCUUCGGCAUCGGGCGAGCGCGAUCCUCUCUUCACCAAGACUAGCGAAGCUUCCAACCAGACUCUGCCUGAUGGCCAGCAUCUGCUCAAAAGCGAGUGCAUCAGCAUCUUGGUACGCCGCUGCAGAGACGUCGUCCCCGUCCCUGUCGCCAGACUCGCUCGACUCGCCACCGCCGGCGACGUCGCAUCCGCCGAAGAUGCGCCACCACACUCGCUCUCACAGAGCAUGCUCGCCCUCGCCGCCCUGCAAGAGGCGCCUGCCACCUCCAAUGCCGGUCUAGCCCCCACAACACCAGCGCCGACGCACGAGAGGCCCAACCUGCCUGCUUCCGUCUCUGCUCCAACCAUAAUUGCGCCGCUCUCGAACCCUCGGCAGCCGCUCGACGUUCCAAAUGCAAACGGCACCAACGCUGCGACUGUCGCCGGUGAGCCGACCACGGCACUGACCUUAGCGCCAUCUCCGAGGAUCGACGCUCAUCCUGCACGCAUGGGCCUGCACGAUGCUCCGUCUACUGCGCAGAGCUCAGCGAUUCUCGACGCCGAGAGGGAGUCGAGGUCCAUCCUUCCGCCCGCACCCAGUGCAUUCGAAGCGCCUCGUGAUCCAGCCAAACUGGCAGCAGCAACGGGAGGCAUGACGCCCUCGGCUACGCUGCCCAACUUGCCUUCCUCCAGAAGCCGUGCUUCCUCGCUGCUCGACUCGCGCUUCGGCAAUGCCAACUCGCCCCCGCGCACCUCGUCCAGAUCCGCCUCGGUCGGCCGCACCUCGGUGCCCAUGCGUCAUUUCGUGCAUCGUCCAACGCUGCAUCUGCCGCCUACUCUCGGCGCCACGCCAGACAACGAAGCCGACGGCAGCCUCGUCUUUUCCCUCACCCUCUCCCUGCCUUCACACGUUCACGUCGCCGGUCCCAAGGCCGACGUGCUUAGCUUUGGCGUUCAGAUCGAGGCAGGCCGAACACCAGGCUGGGAGGCGCUUCGCAAGUGCGGCGGCCUGCGCCUCAAGGACAUGGAGCUCGUCUGUCUCCAGACCGAGCGCCACAGCUCCAUGCCUUCGCGCUCCUUCGUACACACUUUCCCCGUGCCGCCGCCGCCCAAUCGCGUCGAGGCAGCCGACUUACCCGUUGUCACUGCUUCGCGCAGAUCGACUGCCGCAUCGUCGCCUGCACAAGCAGCAGCCGAGAAGCAACUCCGCGCAAGUUACGACCGUUCGCUCGUCCUCGGCCAUAUCUCCCUUGCCAAUCAAGGCAAGGCGCCACAUCCGAUCGAGCACAACGUGGAGCGUGUCCGUACGACGAUUGUAGGUCCGCCACCCUUUGUGCUCCGCAAACGAGCCGGCGACGAUCCCGAACGAGAUGCGGCUGAUUCCUCCCGCAAAGGCAAGGCGAUGGCCACCAGCAGGGUGAACUCAACCUCCGCUGCAGGGCCCAACGGCACCACGCGAAGCCCACAGCAGAAUAGUCCCGCGGGCUCCGGUACAAACACGCCGGAUGGACACUCGCAGAGCGCCGGUAUGAGUUCGCUGAGGGCUGCAUUCGCUCCGAAUGCGCUUGCCACCACGUCGCGCUCACGCGGAAGCGUGAUGCAGCCGGCGCCGAGGGCCUUGGCGCGCUCCAACAACUCGAGCAGCUCUUCGCUCCGAGCCGCCUUCCAAGGCACUGAUGGGUCAGGUGCGAUGCAGCCUGCGCCACGCUCCGGCACAGCGGGGCCGUCCUCGUCCAACGCUGCAGCGCCUCGGAGCCGAAGACCGAUUCCCUUUGAAAUGGACCUGACGAGCGGUCCGGCAGGCCCAGAAGCGGAAAACGGCACUGCUCGUGCCGACGGCACCACCCGUGGAGAGAUCACGGAAAUGGAGUCCGAGACUCCGAUCGUGCCGCCAGCCUGGACGCGCGAGCGUGAGCCUGGAGCAUCAUCAACUUUGGCUGCGAGGCCCACAAUCACAUCGACCGUCUCUACGCGCUCUGACACUCAGUCGGCGCCGCGAAGGAGUCGCUUUGAGACCGCCAUCACGCGGUUGUCGACGUUUGCAAGCUCCAUGCUCGAGCAACCGGCCGAGUCUUUGGGCGGUGGUUCGGGUCAGGAUGUGCGAGGUGGCAGCCGCAGCGCGCCUCGAGAGCGGACGGAAGGAGCGGCUGCCAGCCUGCGCGCGUCGUAUGCAUUCGCUGGCGAUGACGGACAAGGCGUGGACCUGAACAAAGGCCGAGUGCGCAUGACGAUCAAUCUUCCUCUCGUGUCCAACGACAUCGAAGCAGCACGCAAGGCGGGCAGUGCGCAGCUCAUCCCCGACUUUGAGAGCCCCUACGUUCGCGUGCGCCACAAGCUCAAGGUCAAGCUUGGAUUUGGGAUGAAGUCGAACGUCGCCACCGGCCCAGAUGGCGAGGACUGGGUGCAGGCGCUGGUCAUGUGCGUCCCCGUGCGAUUCACCGAGGCACCGCCCAGAGAGGUGCAGGAGCAGUUUGGACCGGUGAACGGGUUGGCAGGCACGCCGCGGGCGGCAAGAUCAGGCUCGCAGAGUGCGCCAGAUCGAGGCAGGGAUGCUGCCGACACUGUGACCGCUUCGACUGGAGCAAUUACAGGAGACGAUGCAACGGCGGCUCAGUCUGCCUCUGGGGCGGCGCCUCCGUUCGUGGAGCCCCUUCUGCCUGCGUACGCACAACUGUUCCGAGAGGACGGCUCGCGUCUGGCCGACGAGGGCGAAGAUCUGCCACGCUAUCCAGGCCGGAUGUCGGUGGUUGGUGAGAUCGACGAGGAUCUCGGCAGCGGCGCUCCGGCCGCGGAGAGCGAACACGGUGGCGCGAUCGCCCACGCCGAGCGUGCCGGUCAUUCGCUUUCGACGGUGGAUGAAGACCAUGCGUCGAGCCCGCGUAGAUCGUCUGACGAGAUGAACGAGCUCGCACAGGCUAGCACCGAAGUGUCACCGCACGCGACUCUGGGUUCAGUGCCGGAUGCAGGCAUUUCUGCGUCGAGAUCGAUGCAGCUGAGCUCGGUGCCUACGCCUAUGGACCGCACGACGAGCCUGCCUGGGCACCGCAUGCUGACACGCACGAUCUCGACGGGAGUGUUUGGGCUGCGCACUUCGCCAUCGCAUCCGUCGCUGCCGGGUGCGAGCCAGAGCGCGACGGCGUCGACGUUCAAAGAGGCGGCCGGCAAGGCACGCGUGGGCUCGUCUGCAUUCGACCCGCUGCCUGGGCGUCCGGGCAUGCGGCGGCGCUCGGCCACGACGGCGUCGCUCAUGACGUUUAGCCGCAUCACGCCCGCCGAAGUGCUGGACGAGGCGCUGGUGACGAAUGCGCUCGACGAUGAAGAGGACCGCAUGGACCCGCUGCAGCCUGCACACACUCUCAACGGCGUCGGAGGGCGUAGGGGCCGAGAGACGCUCAGCUCCGGUCAGGACGACGAUGGAGACGACGGCGAGCUAGAUGUCGACGAUGAUGACGAGGAGGAGGAUGCGGAGGUGGUGCACGAGAUGGACCUGCAUUCGGACGAGGUCGAUAGCGGCGUGGACAGCAGCGAUCGCGGCCACCACGACGCGCAGCUCAGCGGCAGCGGCAGCGAGAUUGAUCACGAUGCCGAGAUUGGCCGGGCGUUGUAA